UGAAGGGAGGCAGAGCUCUGGGGGACUUUCAGUUUCUUUUACAGUAUUAGGAUAGAAAAGUUUCUGUACUUGGAAGGAAAAGAGAGUAGUUUGCGCUUCCGCUCCUCUUCUCUAUCGCAGGGCUUGUUGCUGUUUUUAGAUGGGGGCGGGCGAAGAGCUGUGAAUUUGUGGCUUUCAACAGCCUCUCCGCCGUGUAAAAUGUAGUCCCGGUUGCCGGUCAGGCCUGAACGUGCGAAUGCAAGAGUGCAGAGUCAGGAGCAGCAGAGGUACGUCGCCCCCACUAGCCUCCCCCUACCCAGUUGCGCGGGGAAGGGCCGCGGGGUGUGUAUGUGGUCUCCAUCCUCACGUUAGAGCGGACACGAGUAUAAUAACCCUUUGCGAUUCUCGGCCUCCGAUCGUGGGAAGGGACGCGCUCCCGUGUAGAAAACAGCUGCGGGUCACACGCGAAGCAGUUCUCUCAUCUUCAUUUAAGGGUGAAAACAAGGAGCAGCCUUCCCACCUCCACCCCCGGCAAAAGACAACGGGUGGGGGCGUCCAGAAGCGCGGGUUCCCACGAGCAGCGGCGGCGGCCGAGGGAAACACGCGUGUUAACUUUCUUAGAGCCGCGGGAGGGAGCCGGAACGAUGCGCACUGGCUUCGGUUGCCGUGUGGGGACGGACGGACUCCUUUUGAGGGCGUGCCAAUGGAACGGAGGCGGAGAAGGGGGAAGGAGAAGCGUGUUGCACCGAGCCGAAGUGGGCGAGGAUGGGCUGGAGAGGGCUUCCCGACCUUCUCCGGGCAGGUAGAAGAUGCUUUCUGCAGGUUCCAUUUGGUUCAUCUUCACUUCAACCUUUAUAUCUUCUACUGUGUCACAAGAAGUCAACAUAUGUCACACACCUGAAUUCUGCAUCAGCAGCUGAGAAUUUUAAGGAGGCAAAACGUGCAAUAGAUGACUUGUAUUCUACCGAGCAGAAAUCUACUGUUUUGCAGCUACUAAAUUCAGCAUCCGAGAAAGAACUUAGUGCUGUGAAACUAAUGCGAGGAAGGAAGUCCAUGAACAUAAUAGAGUACAGGAACAAGCACGGGCCAUUUCGGAAUUUACAGUGCUUACUAGAAGUGCCUCUUUUUCAGUAUAAAACAGCUAUUAAAGUCUGCAACUUUAUUCUCAAUCCCAAUGCAAAAGAAGAAAGAAAAGAGAAAAAAAUACAGAGUGCCACGUCUGCAAUGAAAUAUAUCAAACCUGAUAUAGAAAGAGAGCGGCUAGAGACUGCCAGUAGCAUUGUAUCCAUUGUUUUUGGCACUCGCAAAAUUGCAUGGGCUCAUGUCAAUAGACGCUUGGCCGUUCAGGAUUGGCAGCAGCAGGAGUGCACUAUGUUUAUGAAAGGUGCUUAUAUGCCAGCCGUCUAUCUUGAAGAGAUUUCUUCAGUAAUAUCCCGGCUUCCUGAAGCAGAUUUUUAUGUCUUGGAAAAAAGCGGACUUUCUGCUCUGAAUGCAAAUCUGUUUCCAGUAACAUUACAUCUUCGUACAGUGGAAGCCAUGCUCUAUGCGUUGUUACAAAAAACAUUUUCGCAGGAUGGCCAGUACAAAGUAUUAAGUAUGGCCCGAAGUGCUGUAGGAAAGCACUUUGAGUUGAUGGUUGGGGACUCGCGAACUAGUGGAAUAGACCUUGUGAAACAGUUUCUCUUAGAAUCUGUCACGCAUGCUGAGCCCCGUGUGAGCUUUUCAAGAGAGCAGGUAGUAAAUUAUCGAAACGUCUUGUCAUCAAACAAACAGUGGAGAGACGAAGAGCUGUGCGAUUCCUUGCUGCAGGCAAUAGCUUUUUAUGAGCUACUGAUACUGAAUACGACUUAGUUCUUAUUAAUUGUUAAUUGCUGUCAUGGAUGAUCUGUUAAUUGCUUGUUAAUUGCUCUCAUGGAUGAUCUGUACAAUAAGUUCCAACUGAUUCACUGUAUAGGGGGUGCUGGACAGCACGUGGAAGAUUGUGAUAGAAAAACAGCAUUUAAUUCCUGCUGACAUAAAAUUAUAUGUAGAAUAUAAUUUUGUAGAAUAAAAUUAUUAAAUGUGUAGAAACA